AUGUUUGAAGUCAUGGAGGAGCCUACGGAUAAUAGAAUAGCAGAAGAGCCUGUACCACAGUCCAAUGGGGAUGCCGUCGCCGUCGCUGCUGAGGUAGUCACUAUCGUAGAAGCUGCCGACAAGAAUGCGAGUGAUGUCGCCCCAGUUGAAGUAGCGCGCCCAGCCAAUAGCAUACAAGAACACCGACCAUUCUCCUGGCUGGAACCUCAUCCCAUAUUUGUCAUCGCCUUAGUCGGACCCGAGGAGAUACCGUUCGGUAUCCAAAAAGACUUCUUGUGCUCCAAGUCCUCCUAUUACCGCAAGUUCUUCGACGAGAAUGCAGACCAAGAAUCCAUCGAGAACAUUGUCAGACUCCCAGAAACACCCACCGAGGUGUUCGCGUACUGCCAGAACUAUCUCUACACGGGCCAGGUCUUCCCAUCACUGGAUAACCUUCCCAGCUAUGAUGUACUCAUUGGCGUGUGGAAGCUUGGCCAUAUGCUCGGCAUCGACGGCCUCUGCGAUGCGACACUGGACGCCAUGAUUGAGUGCAGACGCAUCACCGAACACAUUCCCGCAACACCACUUCUUGUACAAGUGUGGAAAGAUACUCCCGAGGGCUCUUCGAUACGAAAGCUGCUCCUUUCGUGGGCUGCCGAGUAUAUGAGAUCGUCGGAGUCCCGGACAGAGUUUGCGAGGUCGUUGCCGCAGGAGGUGUUGAGUGAGUUGGUGGUAGCUAUGAGCUCACUGGAGAACAGCUCCCCCCUUGAUGAGCGGGCUGGAUCCGAUCCUGCCGCCCUUGCCCCGGCCGCAGAGAAGCGACGUGACACUGAAGGGGGACAGGAAGGAGGACGACCUGCGAAGAAGCAGCGUGUGUCGGAAGCUGGUGCCAACGGGUCACCUCCUGUUGUCUCUCAGACCGCUUCUGGUCGCAAGACGGUGACAAAGGGAGCCACCGCUUCUGUGCCAAAAGCCUCGUCUAAACCAGGCCCUAAGCGCCGCACUAGUGGAGCUGCGAUUGCGAGCCAGCAGUUUUCGACGAACCAGAAACUGAACUUUUGCGCAGACCUACUGGCCAGGAUGCUCUCUGGUCCUGGCUUUUGGACCCGUGUCGUUGGGCCCUUCAAGGAUCCCGUCGACCCCCAGCGCGAUGGCGUACCCGACUACUUCAACGUGGUCAAGAAGCCCAUGGACUUGACGACGAUGAAGAACAAGAUGGACAACAAGGAGUACAAUGACGAACAGGAGUUCCUGGCAGACAUGAACCAAAUCUUUGCGAACUGCUAUGAGUACUGGAAUGAGACUGAUCCCAUGUGGGGCGCGGCAGAGAAGUUGCAAAAGUCGUUUGAGGACAAGUUUAGCCAGAUGAACAAGUGGAUCGCGAAGAUGGAAGGGGAUGAGGGGCAUUAG